GUAGCAACAAAAGAGCUGUUCUAGCUAUAUUUUUGUAUGUAAAAUUAGCUGCUCUGCAGGUUGGAGGAAAAUGUGUCAAAUAUUUCAUGAUAAAACAAGUUCAGCUCAUCAUUUGGUCUUUGUGAAACAUCUGUUCACCCUUAAUUCUGAUUAGUGCGGACUGAAUGUGUUUAUCAGGGACUUUAUAAAACUGAUAGUUUGAAGGUCAGUGUGUCUGUGUUUAUGCUCCAGCUUUUUUUUUUUUUUUUUUUUUUUUUUUUUUUUUACUUCUCAGCAGAUUUCAUCUUUUGGUGAAAACAUCAGGAUCUUUAUUAAAGGACAAAUCUGCUCAGCAGACCUUAUAAAACCAAAAGUUUUGUUUUAAGAAAUCCAGUUUUCUGCCUCAGCUGUAAAAAAAAAAGAGGAGAGUGACCUCUGGUGGUCAGAUGAGGAACUCCAUCCUUCAGAGAAGUUCCUGGUUUAUCAGUGAAGGAGGAAGAGAAGCAGAGUUAGAAACCAUCAGCCGCUCAGGAUGAAGGUCUGUCACACUUUGAUCUGCUUCUUCUUCCUCACUCUGCAGGAUGGAGACACUGGAGAACCUCGUAGAGGAGAAGAAGGAACCAACAUCACAGUUCAAUGUUCAUUUAGCUAUUUUGGAGUCAGGAGGUUCUUCUGUAGGGAAACCUGUGAAGGAGAAAAUAUCCUCAUUGACACAACAGAAGACAGUUUUCAGAGAGGAAGAUACAGCAUUCAGUAUGAAGAUAAAGGUUAUUUAUCAGCUGAUCUAAUAUAUGUGAGCAUCACAGGGCUGAAAAAGUCAGACUCAGGACGGUACCGGUGUCAGUGUGAUACAACGUGGGGUGGAACUCUAUAUGAGGAUUUUGAUCUUAUCGUGACUGAAGCUUCAACCUCCUCAGAACCAGACUGGACUCCAGCAACUUAUCCAUCAACAUUUCUGUCAUCAGCUUCUCUAACAACAACAACUUUAACACAAAGGCUGAGUUCCUCCUCUUCUUCCUCCUCAUCUACAACCAGCCAACAGACCAGAACAUCAACUGGACCCAAAGCUCUGCAGGAUGGAGACACUGGAGAACCUUAUAGAAGAGAAGAAGGAACCAACAUCACAGUUGCAUGUUCAUUCGGCUAUUCUGGAAGCAGGAGGUUCUUCUGUAGAGAAACCUGUGAAGGAGAAAAUAUCCUCAUUGAAACAACAGAAAACAGUUUUCAGAGAGGAAGAUACAGCAUUCUGUAUGAAAAGAAAGGGUUUUUAUCAUAUGAUAUAAUGAAUGUGAGCAUCACAGGGCUGAAAAAGUCAGACUCAGGACGGUACCGGUGUCAGUGUGAUGAAACGUGGUUUGGAACUCUAUAUGAUGAUUUUGAUCUUAUUGUCACUGAAGCUUCAACCUUCUGGAAUCCAUCAACUUCUCCAUCAACAUUUCUGUCAUCAGCUUCUCUAACAACAACAACUUUAACACAAAGGCUGAGUUCCUCCUCUUCUUCCUCCUCAUCUACAACCAGCCAACAGACCAAAACAUCAACUGGACCCAAAGAUCUGCUGCUGUAUGUGGUUCUGAUUAUCGCUGUCCUGAUCUUCAUGUCGGCAGCAGCUCUGCUGAUUUUCUUCAGGAGGAAGCGCUUCGGUCGACAGAAAACUCCUCCAAUGGAAAUAGACCAGGCUGACACCCCAAAGGAAAGCGUCAUCUACGAGGAGAUCAGAGAGGAGGACAGAGACAACAAACCAUCUCCUGGGGAAAUAUCUACAGUUUACGCCACUUGCUGCAACCCAGACGGAGCUGAAAGUACAACUAUAUACAGCCUCGCUGACUGUCCUCAGAAUACAGCUGAAGAUGACGGAGCAGAGUACUCUGAAGUGCAGCUGUUAAACAAUACCACCUCAUCCAACGGCGCCCCCUCUGGUCGUGCAGAUAACGUCACCUACUCAGAGCCUAGGAUAGCUACGAGCUCUGGCAACCACAACGAUUCGCCUCCACUUUAUUCCACGGUAGCUUUGUAGCAUUAGCUUUGCUCAAAUCUUUGUUAACCCAGUCCUGUGCAGCUCAGUUCAUCGCUGUUCAAAGAAAACAUAAUUGAAUGUUAAUCCUGUAAAGCUAAUGCUAGAUGCUAACAUGCUAGCAGCUAACAUGGUUGUUUACUUUCAGUGCAGACUGACACAUUUGUGUAAACAUUUUAUACCAGUGUGUUUGAUAUGUUUAUACUUUAUAUUUAAAUUUGCACAAUAUGAUUUAGGUAAUCACAGCCGCCUCUUUAUGUUCAGCUUCCUGAUUGUUAUACAGGUGCUGCUUUCUGCUUUUGUUUAAAAUAUUUUCUUUGAAUAUUUUACAAACAUUUUCAUAAAUGUUUUUUUCUUUUAUUCCUAUGCAUUGAUUUGGGGCAUUUUGUUUAAAAAAAAAAGAAGUUAAUUAUCAUUAUUAUCUAUUUGCACAAGAAGCCAGUAAGGAUGAUCCAGAGCUAUAGACACGAAAAUAGACAUUCAAAUAUUAUCUGAUUUACUUUCACCCAACAAAGUAAGUUUUAUAAAUGAACCCUGAACUUCACAGGCAGCCAGUGCAGUGAUUCAUGAACUGGAGAAAUAUGUUUUGGCUUUUUGUGGCAGGCCAGCGAAUAAAUAAUUACAGUAAACAUGAUGGGCAUGACAUGAACAACAACCAGCAUUAGUAUUCUUCCCGAUGUUGUUCAGAACUCUUACAAGAGCUGUUUCAGAACAAUCUUGACCCUUUACAGGGUCAAGAUUGCCAUCUCUCAAAAAGUGAGUUUUGAUUUAAAAAGGUUAAAGCCCAAGGAGGCCAAGAGGUGUGAACAACAGCAGCAAUGAUUAAAAAUUUGGCAAUAAA